AUGGGCCUCUUCAGCCGCCGUCAGCACGGCGCUGCGACUGCAGACACAACCACCACCACGACUACGCGCCAUCGCGAGAAGAGAGGACCGAUUGUCAUGGAUAUGAGCAGACGCCCGAGUUUUGGGCAAUGGCUUAAAGUAACAUGGCUAGACAUUGCGACAAUGGCAGUCAUGGGUAUCAUCGGACUCGGUGUCUAUGAAGCCCAUCCUGCACCUUCGCGGUCCUUCCCUGUUUACUUCCAGGAUGGAGAGAUCGUGUACCCGCAGUUUGCGUACCCAAUGCGAAAGGAGAUUGUGCCGAUUUGGGCUGCUGCACUCCUUGGAUCGCUUGUUCCUAUUGCUGUUAUUCUCAUAUGCCAGAUACGGAUCCGCAGCUUUUGGGAUGUCAACAAUGCUGUCAUCGGCCUGCUCUACUCCCUCAUCACGGCUGCUGUUUUCCAAGUGUUCUUAAAAUGGCUCAUCGGCGGUCUUCGACCCCACUUCCUCACAGUCUGCAAGCCCAACAUCCCCGAAAUCACAGCCCAAGAAACAGGCAACGGCCUCCGCCAAAUAAUGUACGACCGCACAAUCUGCACCGGCGACCAGAAUGAAAUCGACGACUCCCUCGAGUCCUUCCCAUCGGGCCACUCCACUGCUGCCUUCGCAGGCUUCGUGUUCUUGUACCUGUACCUGAACGCCAAGCUGAAGGUAUGGUCCAACUACCAUCCUGCGAUGUGGAAACUCAUCGCCACCUACGCCCCGAUUCUCGGCGCUACGUUGAUCGCGGGUGCGUUGACGAUCGAUGAGUAUCAUAAUUGGUAUGAUUGUUUGGCUGGCGCGAUCAUUGGCACGGUCAUGGCGUUUAGCAGUUAUAGGAUGGUUUAUGCGGGGAUUUGGGAUUGGAGGGUUAACCAUAUCCCGUUGAAUCGCGCGGUACCGCUCUCGGGAGCGGGAGCGGACCUGGAGAACGCUGUUUUUACACGCCAGGCGGGCUGGGGAGGUGGUGUUAGAGGGUACGAGGAGAAACCUGUCAUGGGCGGUGGAAAUGGUGGGAGGGUUGGCACGGGUAAUGGGCAU